UAGGCCUUCCUUCCUAUGCAACUACUCAACUUGUGUUUCCUGCAGCAAAAAAAGGCAGGGCCGCCGCCUCCUCCUCCUCCUCCUCCUCCCCCCCUUCCACCAACCUGCAUUCUCAGAAGAUCCAUCCAAGAUGAAUCUCCUUCGCCCCCUCCACCACCCACUGUCUCAGGAUCAUCCAUCAAAAUCUCAUGCCCUCCUCCACCUCCACCUCCACCUCACCUCCCAACAAUCCAAAGUGUAUUCAUGAAUGCUUCCAUCUUGCAGCCGCCACCUACACCAUCCCCAUCAAAACACCAAGCAAUCCAAACAAAGGCUCCAGUCCCCCCCUCACCACCUCCACCUCCACCACCUCCACCUUCCACAAGAAGUUCAUUGGGUGCAUUUUAUUCUCCUCCACCCCCUGCCCCACCCUCACCUGUGCCUAUUACCCAGAGAAAUUCGCUAAGUGCUUCUCCUCCCCCACCCCCACCACCUCCCCCAUCACAUGGUGGGUCAUCUAAUGGUAUCCCUCUUCCUUCCCAAACUCAUUCCAAGGCUACCUCUGGUGGAUUAGGUUCUGCCAUACCAGCCCCCCCUCCACCUCCACUUAAGCCAAAUGUUGUUGGAUCAGCUCAUGGCCUUCCUCCUUUAAAGGCUUCUAUGAAGGGCUUUUUAGGAGUACAAUCUCCACCGUCGCCACCACCUCCUCCUCCUCUUAUGCUAGGAGGAGCUCCCUCUCCACCCCCACUCCCUGGGGUACGUGUAGGAGCUUCACCAGCCCCCUCUCCACCUCCACCCCCACCUCCACCUCCUCCCAGUGGAUGCAACAUUGCUCCUCCUAUCUCAUUAGGUCGGGGAGCUCCAAUGCCACCUCCUCCACCCCCUUUAGGUCGGGGAGCUCCAAUGCCAUCUCCUCCACCACCUAGGGGAUGUAGCAGUUCCCCACCUCCCCCUCCACCUGGAGGGCGUGGUGCUCCACCAACCCCACCUAGAGCUCCUGGAGUACCCCCCCCACCUCCUAUUAAUACUCCUUAUCCUCCAAGUGGUUCAAGAGGUCAACCCCCAACUUCCUUGGUUGGAGGUAGAGGCCGUGGGCUUGCACGUGCCACGGGAUCCAGUGCAUCUUCACUAGCCCCUCGUAGAUCAUCAUUGAAACCAUUGCAUUGGGUGAAAGUAACAAGAGCCGUUCAAGGAAGCUUAUGGGCGGAUAUACAAAAGUCUGAUGAUGCCCUAAGUGUUUCGGAAUUCGACGAGUUGGAACUGGAAAGUCUCUUCUCUGCUGUCAUCCCAAAGUCUGAUAGCUCAAAAUCUGAAGGGCGGAGGAAAUCUCUUGGGUCAAAAUCUGAUAAAGUCCACCUGAUUGAACUAAGACGGGCAAACAAUACUGAGAUCAUGCUGACAAAGGUUAAGAUACCGCUUCCUGAUCUGAUGAGUGCUGCAUUAGCCUUGGAUAAUUCUAUUCUUGAUGUUGAUCAAGUGGAAAACCUGAUCAAAUUUUGUCCAACCAAAGAAGAGAUGGAGCUUCUUAAGGGAUACACUGGUGACAAGGAAAAGCUUGGAAAAUGUGAGCAGUUUUUCCUGGAGCUUAUGAAGGUUCCUCGUGUAGAAUCCAAGUUAAGAGUAUUCUCUUUCAAGAUUCAAUUUUGUCAACAGGUUUCUGAUCUUCAAAAGAGUUUGAAUGCCAUAGAUUCUGCAUGUGAGCAGAUAAGGAAUUCUGUCAAGCUUAAAGAAAUCAUGAAGAAAAUCCUGUACCUUGGAAACAUGCUAAACCAAGGAACUGCAAGAGGUUCUGCUAUUGGCUUUCGUCUGGACAGCCUCUUGAAGCUGACAGAUACUCGUGCAACUAACAGCAAAAUGACACUGAUGCAUUAUUUGUGCAAGGUUCUUUCUUCAAGAUCACCUCAUCUUCUUGACUUCCAUGAUGGUCUUACCAGCUUAGAAGCUGCAUCAAAGAUACAAUUAAAAACCUUGGCUGAAGAAAUGCAAGCUAUUAUCAAAGGCUUGGAGAAGGUCGAGUUGGAGUUGGCUGCUUCUGAAAGCGAUGGCCCAGUAUCAGAAGUUUUUCGGAAGACUUUGAAGGAGUUCACUGCUGUUGCUGGAGCUGAUGUGCGAUCCUUAUCAUCACUUUAUAGUGCGGUGGGUAGAAAUGCUGAUGCUCUUGCCCUAUAUUUUGGUGAAGAUCCAGCACGUUGCCCUUUUGAGCAAGUUAUCUCAACUCUUAUGAACUUUGUCGUAAUGUUUCGGCGAGCUCACCAGGAGAACUGCAAACAAGCUGACCUUGAGAAAAAGAAAGCUCUGAAGGAUUCUGAAACAGAGAAGUCUAAAGCUCCAAAUCCUAGAAAUAAAAUGGGAUUGAGUCUAAGUGACCAGCUGCAGCUUUCACUGAAUAAGUCCAAAGCUUCAAGCCAGCAAGGAAAAGAUGUUCGAUGACAUUUAAACCUGCUCUGAUUCUUGGAGAGUAUGGCAUUUUGACAACAGCUACAGGCCCCCC